AUGAGCGAGUUGCUUUGCAAACUCCAAAAGAAUUUACCAAACGCCGCCGCCGCACUAUAUAUCUGCCAUCGGAAGAACGACGAAGAGGAAGUAGCAGCUCAUAUGUACAUUGCUGAAAAAAACAUGUUCUCAUUUUCUCAGGAAGAAAACAAAGAGAAUGAUCUACAAAUUGAGCUGAAUUUGCAUAGACAACUUAUUGAAGAGAAAAAUCAGGAAAUUCUCGCCCUAAAGGAUCACGCAAAUGCGAUUCAAGCAGAAGCACAAAUGAAGGUUGAAAGAUUGACGAAGCAAUUGGAGGAAGAACGUAGAAUGACAAGCUGGCUAGAGAGAAACAACCUAGAGAUCACGAAGCAGAAUACAAAUUUGAUCAAGGAGAACUCUUCCAACAAUCUGCUCACUGGAAAGUUUAAGGAUGAAUCCGUGGUUGAAAAGAUUCCAAACUUCAAGCGAAAACCUUGUCCCACCGAUGUCACACCCGCGACGACGACAAGCUCCAACAGUAAUGUCUUCGACGACUUCGAGGGAUCGUGUGACGGAAAGGACGCGAAAGUUGACAAGAAAGCUGAACGACCGAAAAACGCGAAAAAGGAGAAGAGAGAAAAACCAAAGCCGGCAGUUGAGCUAAAUGGCAGGAAAGUGCCGCUGGCUGAAGAAACAAAUGAAGCUCAUCAAACCAACAAAGACGAAGCAGAGGCUCUUGGAAAAGCGAUCGAGAAGAGGAGACAAUUAAAGGAACGUUACAUCAGUCGUAAGCGUCCACCACGACCGAAAGUGCAAAAGACAAAGAAUGAACAGGAGACUCGCAAAAAUCUUGAGGAGUUUCAACAGCAGAGUCAACGAGCUUUAUCGCAUAAGAUGAAUGCCGAGCUUUGUGGAAGUUGCGAUAUUGUCACGAAACAAGUUCGCCCACCAAUUCACAAAGAAGACGAUCAUAAUGGUGAAAAUAUGGAGAUUAAUGAAGAAUCCGAUAACGUCGUAUCGGCAACAAAGUGGAACCUGAGUGCUAGGAGAAGUGCCGAUCCAAAAGAAAUAACCAUCGAAGACGAUGAUGUUUGGAUAUCCGAUUUACACGCACCAAUGAAUUGUACUCCAAAAAAAAUCAAAACGAUCGACGAUAAGACUCUAAAAACAUUUCAACGGUCAUUUGCGGAACUGUCAAUUAACGAGGAAAGCGAAGUUGAUUUGACGCCGACACGAAGAAUGGACACUUCCAGAAAUGUUCCAGAAAAGCCAGAAAUCCUUCCUGCAGGUGUGGACAUAGAAUGUGACAAGAAUGAAUCGUUGGUCAAACAAGAGUCUUCUCAAAGUUCAGAACUGAACGACUUAUUUGAUGAUCUUGUUGAAACGCCAAAAAAGUUUAAUUCG